AUGAACAAGACUAACCCCUCGAAGACUCUCCGUACAGCCGCCCAGUGUGGCGACCCGGCAGAGGUUCUUGCAGCCCUACGCCUAGUCUCACUAAGGGAUGAGCUCGAGAGUCGACCUGAGGCUUUCGGAAGGGCUGUUGGGACGAUUCUGAGCCGAAGUCGACUCACUGGGCGUCCCUUAGGGCAGGCCCUAGCUAUCAUCAUGAAGGAACUGUCUAACGAGGAGGUACCCCCAGAGUUCCUUCAGGGCUUAGUGGAUUCUAAUGGGCCUAGUGGCUUGGCCAAAGUCAUCAGCGAUCAUCACAUUUACACUGCACUGAGGUCUCAUGCACUUGACUGGCUCACUGACUACCCUAUCCUGGUCGAGAACCUCUCACAGUCGGACAAGCAAUUCCUCUUGAGGCAGUCGGAAGUGCUGACCAACUUCUCUGUGGUCACCAGAUUUUUCUCUUUGGUCCUCUCUGAUCACUUCAAUGGCGUUACUGUACCCCUGCAAGCCGUUGACAGUGCUCUGUGUCGACUCAAGCCUUCGAAUGACCUCCUAUCAUUGGUGCAUCUACUGCUAUUACGAAGUCGUAAGGUCUCUGGUUGUGCUGAGCUGCCCAGCGAGGUCAUAUCACUGUUGUUGGUCUACGCCCAGAAAAGUGGUGGUUUGUGGUUGUCCUUGGUCAUGGCUACUUGGCGAUACCGGAAAGUGAAUGCCGACCUCCUCUGGGGUGCCUGUCGCCACUACCAUGAAUAUAGGUCUCGGUUUUCAUCCAAGCAGGACACUAUAGACGACGUUGCGGCUGGUCUGGUCACUUGCACUGAUGAGGACGUCUUUAACGGGCUCUACCGGUGCCUUAUGAAACUCACCGCAGGCGAACACACUCCUCCUCCUCCUCGAGAAUGCUGGAUUGGUGUUAUGAAUAUGAUCAUCAACUCCACCGUGGCCCGCAAAGAUUCAUUUGUUGCUAUUUCCCGGCUUAUCGACGUGGACCACUGUUCUUGGUUGAAGGAGGCCAUUCGGUCUCAGCCGUGCAUCGAGCGAAUCCUAGCUGAUGACCUCAAGGCGAUCGAUCUCAUCUACAAGGUCGGUCUGCGUGGACAUGUGUUGGCGUAUAACACUGAGGCUAUCGUUCACGCCUAUCAACAGCAGCAUUGGCCUUUCCUACGUUCCCUCUUGAGGAUUUACCCUAACCAAACGGUGUCCAAAUUGACCCCCUUGAGGGUCCUCAAGAGGCCGAUGGACCAGGAGUUCCGCGAUGAGUUCUUGUUGGUGAUGAAGGCACGUCCAGGGCUGUGGGACCCUUAUUGUGGUUAUGACUUCAACGACUAUAGCACAGACAGUGAGUUGGAAUUUAACGAGAGGAGUAGCAAGACGUAUGAGUACUUUCCCCUCAACUGA